CGUGGCGGCAGCCACAUGAUCUCCACUGAUGACCUGGAGUACCCGCGGGAGUAUCGGACGCUGGGCAAUGGUACGCGACGCUUCUCCAACGUGGGGCUGGUGCACACGUCCGAGCACCGGCACACCGUCAUCGCCGCCCAGAGCCUGGAGGCACUGACCAACCUGCAUAAGGUCGACAUAGAGCGCAAGCGGGACGCCUUCAUGGACCAUCUGAAGAGCAAGUACCAACAGCAGCAGCAGCAACAGCAGCAGCAGCAACACACCCACCACAGCCCCCACCACAACCCGCCUUCCCCUUCCCCCUCCCAUGCGAGCAUGAGGGGCGCCUCCGAGCGGUCUGCACGAGAACAGCAACAGCCCAACUACUGGAGUUUUAAGAGCCGUAGCCCACGGCACUCCCAGUCUACCCAGUCUGGGCUUGCCGACCAGGCCUCCAAGCUCUCCUUUGCCUCAGCCGAAUCUUUGGAGACCAUGUCAGAGGCAGACAUCCCCCUGGGGUUCAACCGCAUGAACCGCUUCCGCCAGAGCCUGCCGCUGUCUCGCUCCGCGAGCCAGAACAAGCUACGCUCACCAGGUAAGUUUGACUUGCACCGUCAACAUGACGGUGUGCUAUUCCUGCAGUAUGGCGAUGAGACGCGGCGGGUGCACAUCACCCAUGAGCUGAGCAGCAUGGACACGCUGCACGCGCUCAUCGUGCAUAUGUUCCCCCAGAAGCUGACAGCAGGCAUGCUCAAGUCACCCAACACGGCCAUCUUGAUCAAGGACGAGGCACGUAAUGUCUUCUAUGAGCUGGAGGAUGUACGCGACAUCCAGGACCGCAGCAUCAUCAAGAUCUACCGCAAGGAGCCCAUCUACGCCUCCUACCCAGCUGCUGCGCACCUAGCCAAUGGGGACCUGCGGAGGGAGAUGGUGUACUCAUCGCGCGAAUCAUCCCCCACCCGCCGCCUCAACACCCUGCCCUCCUCCUCAGCCUCAGCAUCCUCAGGCUCCCCAUCACGCUCACGCCUAUCCUACAGCGGGGGCCGCCCGCCGUCCUUUGCGGGGCCCGGAUCCCACCCCCAGCAACAGCAUCCACACCACCUGUCAGCCGUCCAUGGCCCCGGAGCAGGCCUGUCGCCCUCGCCCAGCGCCAUCCUGGAACGUCGCGACGUCAAACCUGAUGAGGAGAUGGCUGGUAAGAACAUGGUGCUGAUGAAGAAUGAGGGGCUUUACGCAGAUCCCUACAGCCUGAUGCACGAGGGUCGGCUCAGCAUUGCCUCCACCCAGUCCUUGGCCACCAUCGGGGACCCCUUCAGCUUUCCUGUGUCCAGCGGAUUGUACCGCCGUGGCUCCAUGCGCUCACUUAGCACCUACUCAGCGGCUGCCCUUCAGAGCGAUCUGGAGGAUCCCCUCUACAAACCGGGGGGUUCGCUCUACCCUGACACGUACUCCUCAGCUACACUGGGCAUGGGUUUCCGUAUGCCCCCCUCAUCUCCGCAGAAGGUCCCGGACAUGCAGCUGAGGGACCGGGACUCCUACUCCAGCUCCCCCAGCCGAGCCUCUCCCGUCAGGCAGAGCUUCCGUAAAGACUCAGCCUCCUCCUCGGUGUUUGUGGAGAGUCCCAAGUCAAGGCCCAGCUCUGGCUCAGAGCCUCUGUGUCUGACGGCUGGGCCUGGAGAAGGGAGCAGGGCAACACCCACUUUUGGCUCCACAAUGUCCGGACAGGACCCUGACAGUAGCAGAGAUCAUCGUCUGGAACGAAUGGAAGCCAUGGAGAAGCAGAUAGCCAGUCUGACCGGCCUGGUGCAGAGUGUGCUGACCAGGGCACCUGACAGCGACAGCACAUGUGGCCUGCUGCGUCUCUGCAUGAUGGCGGGCUGCCCUCCAGACCAAGGGACGGAGUUCUCACGGCCCUUACCUUUCUCUUCCAGCGAGAAGACUGAAACCAACAGUGACGGCUCCGCCACUGGAACUGGACGGCUAAAGCAGAAAGCCCUGACACCAUCGGCCCCUCUGGCUCUGAUGCCACCACCCCCCUCCUGCACCAGCCAGGCAAACAGCGUCAGCCACCUACAGAUGCAACUCCACCUGCAUGACCUACAGCAGAAUGCCACUGACCUGCGCAAGCAGCUAUCCCAGCUGCGCAAGAUGCAGCUCCAGAACCAGGACUCUGUGCGAACUCUGCUGAAGAGGACGGAAGCAGAGCUGAGUGUGCGCGUGGCUGACGCCCUGAGGAAACAGGAGGACCCUCUGCAGAGGCAGCGCCUCCUAGUGGAGGAGGAGAGACUCAAAUACCUCAAUGAGGAAGAGCUCAUCAUUCAGCAGCUCCAUGACCUGGAGAAGUCGGUGGAGGAGAUCCAGAAGGAGUCGUCUGUCAAACACAAACUGGUGCCGGCACAGGAGCUGGAGGAGAAGGCCACACUUUUGAGGAAGCUGGGGGAGACGCUGACAGAGCUCAAGAAUCAGUUCCCCGGCCUGCAGAGUAAGAUGCGGGUAGUACUCAGGGUGGAAGUGGAAGCAGUCAAGUUCCUAAAGGAGGAGCCCCACAGGCUUGACGCCUUAUUAAAACGCUGCAAGACCAUUACUGACACCCUCGCCACAAUGCACAAACAAGCGAAUGAGGCAGUGUGGAAGAAGCAGGAGGACUUCUCCAGCCCCUCAGCCAAGCACAGCGAGGACUACCGCAAGAGUUCGGACUUUGACAUGCCCACCAACCCCCUGCUCAGCAUCAGUGACCUGGGCGGGGGCAACAGCCUGUCCAACUGGAGUCCCCAUUCCGGCCACAGCCACGGGAACCCUGUCAGCUCCCACAGGGACCAUCACCCUCCCAUUCCCCACAAGGGCAGAGCCCUGGAGGAGCUGGAGCGCCGCGCAGCCGCUGAAAAGGCUUCGUCAGUGGAGGUCCGACUGGCAGCUGAACGGGAUUGGGAAGAGAAGCGGGCCAGUCUGACCCAGUACAGUGCCCAGGAUAUUAACAGGCUGCUGGAGGAGACCCAGGCUGAGCUAAUGAAGGCCAUUCCAGACCUGGACUUUGCCGCCAAGCAGAUCAAGCCCUCGUCCAGCAUACCGUCCUCCCAGACACCCCAGAGUGGGGCAGGGAUUCCUGAACAGCGCCCCAACAAGCCCCAACACAAGCUCUCUGGGAAAGAUAUUGGAUCCAGGCGUGGUUCUGAUGAGCUGACUGUGGCCCGAUAUCGCACAGAGAAGCCCUCCAAGUCUCCUCCUCCCCCGCCACCCCGACGUAGUUUCCCUUCAUCUCCAGGCUUGACCACUCGAAGUGGAGAGACCCUUAUCCCUGGCAAAAGCAUAAAGAAGUCUGAGUCUGAAGAGAUGGAAGCCCAGAAGCCGCACGUGAAACUGAGGAAGGCCAUGUCUGAAAAUCCUCGCCCCGCUUCUACUCCCCCUAUCCUGGCCUCGGGUGACAAAGAGGACAAAGAGGAGGAGAAGAUCGCUGCUGAGCUGGAGCAUGGGCUACACAAUCAGCUGUCCAGCUGCACCUUACUGGAUUUCUCAGACCCUCAGAGAGAGCUGCACACAACAGACCACACAGCUAGCACUAUGGCAUCUAACACGUUGCGAGGAUUGGCAUCUCUCUCUCCAAUCCCCCAAAUUGUGUUGACAGGCUGUGUGUCAGCUUCAUCCUCUUCCUCCGAGGGUCCUAUUAGAGAUUUAUCAAAGGGUUUUAUAGAGAAGAAACGAGCCCAACAAUGCACCAGCCAUCACAUGGUCUCACAUGUUCAGAACUCUAAGGAGAAGGAACGAGUCAGCCAGUCCCAGCGAAACCCUCCUCGGUGGGAGACAAAGACAGAGCAAUCUUUAAUAAAGGAAGAUACUGAGCCAAAAGAGGAGCUUGCCUUGGUGCUGACCAAGCUGGAGGUGAGGGUGGUGAGUCCCCCCGAGGCCUGGGAGCUUAGCAGGAUCGGCACUGAGGUUUUACAGUCACUGACCAUUCCACCAUGGGCUACUGAGAAAACCUCUGAGGUCUACCUGAGUGACAAGCCCCUGCUUGUGCUAUUCAGGGACAAAGUGACGGUGCGAGAAGCCUACAGGCUGCUACGCUCACUGCUCAAAUCCUCCAAGCCGGUACCCAAACCCAAAACAGGUUUCACCUACUGCAGUCCCAGUCUGGCAGAUCCUGUGAUACUGCUGCACCCCAGCCAGCAGGACUCUCUGCUGGAGGCUCUGAGGAGGGGAAUGGAGGCAGGAGAUAGGAUGGUAACCAUCUCAAAUGCUGCAAUGACAGAAGUUAUUCCUGCUGCCCAACCCAGCCCACUAGACACUGCCACAGAGCCCGCUGGGUCAGCAACUUCUGUAGAGGGUCCAGACAAUCUGAGCCAGAAUGCCUGCAGAAGAGUGGAAGAUGUCCGUAGAAGCACCUACAGGCAGCUGGACAGCCUGGAAGAGACCAUCCGCGAGCUGGAGAACACCCUGAUAGAGAUCAGGGGUCAGCCCACCUCAGACAAUCCUGCCUCAGUGGCCAAGAGACCACCGGUCCCACCCAAGCCCUCCUCUUUCAGCCCGACAUUGAUUCAGGGGGCUAACGGCUCUGGUAUGGGUAAGGUCCUCCACUCCUCGGCUGCCUCCCGGCUGAGGCACCUGCAACAGAACAGCCCAGAGAAGACGAAGAACAGCAAAAGGGAGGAGUUCUUGAAGAGCCACAGCCAACAGCAGGCCUUGGGGACCAACAGUAGUGGCGGCGGUUUGGAGCCUCACCUCUCCGGGCACAGCAGAGCCUACAGUUUCUCGGGACGCCUGCCCUCCAGCCCGGCGGUCUUCGCCCAUGGCCUGAGGAAGUAUCCCCAGGAGCGGGCGCUCUCCUCCCUCACCGCCUCUUCCCAUCAGGCCAAGGCCCUGCUGGCGAGCCUGUCAGCCUCCAACCUGAGCGCCGAGGCCCUGCUCCUUUCCUCCACCUUUCAGCACCACCCCCGCCUCCUCCGUGAGCAGCGGGCCUCCUCCCUGCCUCUGCCCAACGGCCGCUCCUAUUCCUCCUCUCCCUCCUCCUCCACAGCAGCUAUCUCCCUCCCUCCUUCCUUGACCUCCAACUCUCCCGCCUCCACCGCCCCCGACUUCUCUCCGUUCUUGCCCUCCCAGAGCCCCCUGAACUCCAUCGCCUUACUCUCGCCAAGCGACAUCACUCCGGACAUGAACAGACACAAGGAGCCCUGCGGCAGCAAGACCCUGCUGAAGGACCUCUCCCCAAGUACUUCCCAAUGA